AUUUCAGCCGUCAUCUGUUGUGUUGGUGUGUCUGUAUUUUUGUGAAUUUCACAAGUAUUUUUGAUUCUAAUAACAAAACCUUUUGCUAAAUUCAGUGAAUUAUAGUGCUACUUUCUUAAUAAAUUCAUAAGAAUUGUAGCAGUUCAAGAUGUUUUCAUUCCACAGACCAAAAGUAUAUAGAUCAACAACUGGAUGUUGUAUCUGCAAAGCCAAGUCUAGCAGUUCACGAUUUACUGAUAGUAAGAAGUACGAGGAGGAUUUUCUGGAAUGUUUCAAGCUACAAACUCCGAGACAAGGUGAAAUCUGUAACGCAUGCGUCUUACUUGUCAAAAGGUGGAAGAAAUUGCCCGCUGGAUCUGAUAGAAAUUGGCAACAUGUGGUGGAUGCCAGAGCUGGUCCGGGUAUCAAAUCAAUGACUAAAUUUAAAGUAAAAAAUCGUAAAUUAUUAGAAGAAAAAGCUGAUAAGUUGAAGAAAAAACAGUUUCAUCGGGAGAAUAGCCCAGUAUUGAGUGACAAAAGUGAAGGUAACGAUGAGCAGGAUCUCCAAGAAGUAGACUACUUAUGCGAAGAUGGCCCCAGCAACGAAUCAAGUAGGACAGGCAGUCCCGGUCUCAGCGACUCUGAAGACGUUGUGAUGAAAAGUAGGAGGUACAAAGGUAUGCCUAAGAGAAGACAUGAUGAUACGAGAGUUAGUGGAUUUAUUGAUUUGGAUUACUGGAAAAAGGAAACGAUAUGUUGCGGAGUAAUAUUUAGAGGCCUCUACGACGAAAUCAUGCUCGAUCCGACCUGCAUGAAGCCGUGCCGUAGCCGUUUGGCUACCUGCAAGCUGGCUCUCGACAUCGCCAAACCGGAAACGGAACAGUGCGAGAACACGGGCUCUUCAAAACUAUACAGCGAUAGUAGCUCAGAUUCAGGCUACGACGAAUCGUCUAAUCCCGGCCUUCCAGCUACUGACAACGGCGCGUUCAAGCAGGACCAAGUCGGUUUGGAGGAGAUCAACAGUCGGAUCCCCAUUGCCGUCGCCAACUAAUGGUUCGUUAACGAAAUGUGUCAUGUGUCGGUUCAUAGGUUGUUUUUAUUUUUAUUUUGUAAUUUAUUGGUAUGUAGAUUUUUCUUCGUUGUUAUAUUUGUAACAAAUGUACACAGAUUAUUUGUCAAGAGAAGAUAUUUUUAUUAGAUUUUAAUAAUAUAUCGUGGGUUAAGUUGAUUUUUUGGAAUCAAUUUUAUGCAAUAUUUUUAACUGACGGGCGAUAUUUUGACUGCAUGCUAUAGAAUUUAAUAUAUUCUCAUUUUUUAGUUAACAUAGUUAUUAUUUAUGAAGUUAAAUGUAUUUUAAACAUUAGUUUUAAUAAAUCUCCCAUUAAUUUAUUUGAAACUUCAUUAAAAUAAAUUUUACACAGAUCUUAUUUAGAAUUAUCAACAGUCUCCAAUUCAGUGUAUGAAAGUCUGACACAGAGUCCUAAUCUUAUUGAUAUUAUUCCAAAUGUAUGGAUUAUAAUAAAGUUUUAAUUUAUAAAACUCUUCUUUAUUUCUUUCAUUGUAUUAUGGUUCUUUAACAUUAAUUUUUUCCCAAUAUAUUUUUAUUUUUAUAUAUUUGUCAGUUUUGCAACAUCUCAUAGUCAAUGAACUACAUUGGACAGAAAUAAGAAAAAAUAGCAAUUAUACCUAUCUGAUCUAUCUAUUUUAUUCUGCAGUAUUGGAAAAGAUUGCUAUAUUGAAUAUUUUAAUAAAAAUUUUAAAGUAAAAACUCAAUCUUUGUGACGUUCUAAAUCAGGCACAAACUAUUAUAUCUUGAAAAAGUAAGUAUGUAUUGCUUUAGUUAUGCAUUUGAAUGAAUAUUUCCUGUGUAUAUUUAAACAGGAACCUUUUUCACUCUUUCACAACAACAACAAAUUAUUCUUUGUCGUCAGCUGCUUUACCAAUAGUAUAUAGAAGACCAUAAGUUUGCUUGAAGGUGCCUUGUUGUGAUUUUGGUGUUCAAUACAACAGACUACAAGCUAUUGAGGUUGUGGUUUUUGGUUCUUUGGUGGCAUGUUGAGAAUGCUAAUCUUUUCGCCACAAGGUUUUACUGAGACUCAGUAUCCGGCUCGAAGGAGCAAUGUUUUUUCAGUCUUUCUGUGCUUUUUGCAAUUUAAAGACAAAAAAUUAUCAACCGUCUAUUUUUAUUACAAAUUUCAUACUCCUUUUGAUUUUGAUUAAUUAAUUAGUUCCAUAAUGAUUUGUCAUCAAGGUAAUUACGUUAGGUUAGACUAAAAUCUUGACUUCUCUGUUGCCAAAAGUAAUUUCUCUAAUUGCCAGACGCUAGUUUAUUAAUAUUUUAAGGUACUUAAAAUAUAAAUUGGGUGUCUGAUGGUUAUUGGCCAUUUUGCAAUAUGACAUAGUUACCUGUAUUUAAUGUCAUUCUAAAAUGUUGCCAUCAACCAUCAGACAAUGUAAUCGUUUACUGUUUACAAAAUAUCGCCCUCAAUUAAAAGUACCUACAUAUUUAUGAAUCAAUUAAGAUAUAAAAAUUACUCCCUUAGAAUAAGUUUUAAGUCAUUUAUUUUAGAGUGACUUUAUAUUGUAUUUUUGUUCUAUUAACAAUUAAUUGGUAAGUAUCCACACAUAUUUAUCGACAGUACAAAGAAUGACACAAAUUAAGAAUUUAUUGAAAUAAAUAGCUGAAUAAAUAAGUGCAAUAAAUACAAAAUGUCUGAUCUCAUUAGAGAAUUUUGCACUGAUUGUUCAUGAUUUUUCAGACUUAAUUCAUGUUUUAUGUGAAAUAAUUUUGUUUUGUUUCGAGUUGCGACCAUAUAUGCUAUUCAUUCCAUUGUAAGACAUUGAUAUACCGUGGGUGGUACAAAGUCAACUCUCAAAUUGGUAUUCAAUUUACAGGUUAAGAUCAGCCAUUUUUAUUUCAGAUAUUUUUGUAAACGAUUUUCACAUUGGAAAUCGAAAUGUCAAAGCGAAUAUAAAAUGUAAUUCUUAUUACAAUUAAUUGUGGCUUAAUCUAAUAUAAAAAUAUCUAAGU